ACUCAUCUCGACAAGAUGCUCUCUCUUCUCACGACUCGUCCCCUCAAGCCUCUCUUCUCCCACUUCACUCAUUCUCUUCCCAAACUACCCCUCCCCAAACUCCAAAUCCCCAAAAUACCCUUCUCUCCGUCCCCCUUCAAACCCCUCCCUUCUCUCUCCCUCUCCCAUACCAGACCCGAACCCGCUUCCAGCUCCCGCCUCUUCUCCUCCGUCAAAAUGGCGUCAAAAACCAUCGAGCACAUCGUCCUCUUCCGCGUCAAACCCGACACCCACCCGUCAAAGCUCGACACCAUGAUUUCCAGACUCAACGGCCUCACAUCCCUACCGUCCGUUCUACACCUAACCGCGGGCCCCAUCUCCAAGAACAGAUCCCAAUCGUUCGAUUUCACGCACCUCCUCCACAGCCGCUACAAGACGAAGGAAGACCUCGCCUCCUACUCCGCCGAACCGGCGCACGUUAGCGUCGUCAAGGAAUCGGUCCUCCCCAUCUGCGACGACGUCAUGGGCUUUGACUGGGUGUCGGAUCUCGACGGCCCGAUCUCCCCGCGGCCCGGAUCUGCGAUGCGGAUCACGCUCCUGAAGCUGAAGGAAGGGUUAGGGGAUGGAGAAAAGGGAGAGAUCCUGACCGUUCUUGGGGGUAUCAAAGCUUCUUUUCCAGAGAUCGAUCAGAUCAGCUUUGGGGAGAACUUCUCGCCGGCUCGCGCCAAGGGGUUUACGGUUGGAUCGGUGUCGAUCUUCCCUGGAGUGAAGGAGAUGGACGGGCUGGAUGAGAAGGGGCAGAUGGUGGAGAUGGAGAAGGAGAAGGUCAGGAGCUUGCUGGAAAGCGUCAUCGUCUUGGAUUACGAGAUUCCGCUGCCGACGGCAGCCAGCCUUUGAUCGGAGAUCCGUUCGGUUUGAUUUUCCUUUUUUUCUGAAUUUUAUCUAGAAUAAUGAAUUUAUAAUUAUGGAAAUUAC